AGCAGCACUGCGCAUGCGCGGGGCUGGGUGCGCUGAGGAGCGAUGGGACGCGAGUGAAGAAGUGGCGAGGAUCCCUCUCUGCAAACCGGGUCUAAGAGAUGGCCUCUUGCUCAGAGGUCUGUGGGUCAGAGCGCUCAGCGCGCUUUAAAAGCAUGGCAGGCUCUGGUUGCCAUGGUUUCGGAGUUCGCUCCUACCUGCACCAUUUCUAUGAGGAGUGCACGGCUUCCAUGUGGGAUCAGGAGGAUGCUCAGAGUCAGGCUACAUCACCACAGUGGUGGAGCUCAGGCCUUUGCAAGGUUUCUCUUGCGUUUGGAGCAGUAGUUUUAGCCGUGGGUUUGGUGGUCUUGACCGUGGGCUUUGCUGUUCCCUCCCGCAUUGAGGCCUUUGGAGAGGGGGAGCUGCUGUUUGUGGACCGCCAGGCUGUGCAGUAUAACCAGGGGCUGCAUAUGUGCGUGCAGGCUGGCACAGGCAUGCUGAGCCUGGGAGGGCUGCUGAUGGCCGCUGGGCUGCUGGUGUCUGCCUUCUCCAGACCAGCGGGCAGAGAGGGUGAGCACAGUCCACAGACCAUUGGGAGAGAGAGAAAGGGGGGCAGUGGAGGGCAGAUUGGAACAAAUGGAAGGAGCAACACAAGCCUCGUCACUAAAGCUCCGAGCCCAGCAGCAGGAGAUGGGGCUGUACCUGUCAGUCUCUCUAAGGUGGAGAACAUCCAGCCUACUCCUUAAAUAACCCACUCAAACUCAGCCCUCUAAAGACCUGGAUACACUAGGUAGGCCUGUUGUGAUUUGAUCCAAAGAGAGAAAAAAAUUAAUUAUCAGGAUUAUAACAAAACAGAGAUUAUCCACAUAAAUACACAUUUAUAAAAGAUAUAAAUCUCAUAUCACUUCAGGAGGUGACACAUUCUGGCCAAGAGGUCUAUAAAUCCAGACCUUUUCAGUUUUUAGUUCUGAAGUGCUGAUGUAAUUAAUUAGCCACAUACCAGCGAUUACAAAAUCCAGGACUGGAAUGUGGAUUCAAGGUUCAGAUGAUGAAGACAUCCCUAGGUAAAUCUCACACACAUGUUUAGUUGUUGACUAAAAAGUAUAAAGCCCCCCAGCGCUGGACUGCGAAGCAGUGGAAUUGCAUCCUCUGGAGUGAUGGAGCUCCAUCCAAUUCCUUUGGGAUGAGUUGGGGUGAUCUAGAACUGGUCAUCCAAUAUCAGUACCUGACCUCACUAAUGUUCUUGUGGCUUUCUGCAAUCAAAUCUUCACAGCAAUGUUCCAACAUCCAGUGUAAAGCCUUCCCAGGAGAAGCUGAAUUUCAGAAGAAACAUGGGAUGAGUCAGUGUCUACAAACCUUUGGACCUAUAGCGCACAUUCAUUACUUCAUAGCACAUGACCGUGAUGAAUAAACCCUCUUGUAAACACUGGUUGGCAAAGUUGUUCCCUUCCAGUAAGCUUAAGAACAUGACCAACCCUGUGUAGCACCCAUGUUUUUAAUAGGACAGGUAAAAAAAAAAGGCCAUUGGCUGUCAUGUUAUGAACUGAUUUGCAUAUUGCACAUCAUAUAACAAUCUGACUUCAAUCUGACAAACCAGAAAUGCAUUUGAUUGCCAAACGCAAAUGUAAGUGGUUGUCAGGAAAACAUGCAGAUACAUUGCAUGAAAUGACCAGGCAUAAAUGAGGUCAGUGUCUCACAUAUAAAGAGACCAGGUGCAAAGAGUUGGGAAUUUAGGAACAAAUUGCACAAACAAGAAGAUUAAAAUCAAAUUAGGUCACAAUCAAGGCCAUAAAUAUUACAGCUUGUCUUUGCAGUGAAUCAUGUUUGUUCACUGCACUGAACUGGCAGCUGCUGUCCAUGUAAUUGUCAUGAGAUUCCAAUAUAUGCUGCCUUGGUGUAUCCAGGCCUUUCUGAGAAAUGAAAAAUGUCCAGGGAGAAAAUCGGUUGCAAAUGGUUUCAUUUAGUCUCUAAUUGAUUUAUAUUUUUUAAUCAGUUGUGUCAAUCAUGUUGUUCAUUAUUGUUGUUACAAUAAUUUCUUUGUGUUUUUUGUUCAAGCUAAAAUCAGAAAUUGCUUGGUAACAUGGUUACUCACAUGGCCAAGUCAAUGGUCAAAAACAACAGCCUGAAGAGGGACUACUCACCCACUCCUUUCUGGUUACCUGGCAACCUCUUGAUCAUAUAAUCCACCUUAUUGAGUGGCAAAAAUUAUUAUUAUAAUUUGAGAUGUGGCUCACUUCUUCAUUUAUGGCAGUCUUGAAGAGGAACAUGAUGCUGUGGAUCUGCAUAGGCACUUCAAUGCAAUGUACCUUAAUCGCUUCACCUAAAGGAGCACUUCAGUCAAAAUGUAACCAUUAGAAAUCUGUUGUAAAUGUAACUGCUUACCUCUUACAGUGGUGCCACAGUGGUUUUGAGAGCACAAUUUUCUGGUUUAAAGAUUAAACUCACCUUCUGAAGAGGUUUCUUGAAGGUAAGAGGGACUUCUGUGCUACUGAGAAACAAGUACUACUUAAGGGUGGAUUGAAGGUCGGUAUGGUAUGCUCUUAAAAAAGAUGGCUCUUCAAGGGUUCUUUAGUAAGCAAAAUAGUUCUAUUUGCAUGGUUAAUAUGCUCUUUGCAUCAUGAAAGGGUUCUUCAGAUUGAUGGAGAAUGGGCUGUAGAUGGUUCUAAUAGCACCUUGCUGAAAAGGGUUCUAUACAGCACCAAAACAGGGUCUGCUAUUGUUACGAUGACAAGCUUAUAACAAGAGAAGAACCCUUUUUGGUGCUAUAUAGAACCCUUUUCGAAAGAUGCCAUAAAGAAAUAUCUACAGCACACUCCCCCUCAAUCUGAAGAACCUUUUUACGAUGCAAAGAACCCUUAAUCAUGCAAAGGGUUCUUUGAGUGUUAAUGGUUCUAUAUAGAACCAUUUUCUUAAGUAAAGAACAGAGGUGUGGAAUCACGUCAUAUGACUUGGAUUCCAACUCGUGUCAUGAAUUUGAUGACUUUAGACUCGAUUUGAGAAAAUUGAGAAAAACCUGCUACUUGACUUUGACUUCAACACCAGUGAUACAGACUCUGACUCGGACUUGAGCGUCAUGACUCGGAAAGACUCGAGACUCAAAGUAGAGGAAACAUGCAGAAUCUGACUGCAGAUGGGACAGUUGAUUAUUUUUCAUAUGAAUGAAUUUGUUUCAUGCCAUAAACUGAAUAAACAGCAAUGUUGUUAGAAGUCUGCCACUGUGCUUAUGCUCAGUUUAUUUUUCUUUCGGAAGACAAGAGAAGCGUUAGAGCCCAAGUUUGCCUCCAUAUGCUGGAAACAAGCGAAGCAUCAACAGCAUCAGUGCAUUCCUCAGUCAGCACUUAAACUCCAAUCUUACUGGAGCAACUUACUAGGUGAACUGACCAUUUUCCUCAUGGUAGCAAAAUAAAAGAAACACAGCAUCUCUCUUUUAACAGCUUCUGCAGCUAAAAUAGCUCAACAUUCACCAUGAGGCUGAAACUUGGCCAGCCGCAUACAGGAAUUAUUGGCCAGCCGCAUACAGGAAUUUUCUGUUCCACCUUAAACGGUGCAGCGGUAAGGUGCCGAAACAUAACUGCUGCUCCAUUUAAAGUGGAACGGAAAAUUCAAAUAAGAAACUGGUGAAAUAAAUCAACUUCAGCUUCAUAUAUUCACCGUCAUUUUGCUGUCUGUGAACUUUGUUCAACUCAGAUUGAUCAUUUUGUUUCUGCUGUCUUAACUGCUUUAACUGCUUUAACUUUAACUGCUGUCUGCUGUUUUAACUUGGCUGAGCUAAAAUUGUCUUCAAAUAUAAAGUUUUGUCGACUACUUUGACUUGGGACUUGACUCAGGACUUGAGUGUGAAGUCCUGAGGCUUACUUGUUACUUGCAACUUAGAGACUUGUUCCCACCUCUGCUAAAGAACCCUUGAAGAACCAUCUUUUUAAGUGUUGCAUUUGGGAUUUCGUAGACUACCAGACAGAAAAAGGACAGAAAAUUAUGAAUUUUGUGAAACCGAUGAGGCUGAGUUUUACAAUACUGCAUUUCAGAACAUUACACAAGAUGAGAAAUAACAUAUUAAAUCCUAGUUUUAUGUGAAAUCCCCCUUUAAAUCAUUUCAUUUUAUUGUAUUUACUUGUAUUUUCCUUUCCCCUCAUCUCUUUGUCUUUUUUCUUAAGAUUUUUGGUUAGCUGUAUAUUUCAGCACUUCUUUUUUUUUCUGAUUGUACGAAAGACUUGGGAUUUGAAGGCCACUCUCCCAAAUGCGCUCAAUAAAUUCUCAGCAUACUCAAA